GGGCUUCCCUCGUCGCCCACUCUGAUAGGCGGAAUGGCGGGAGGGCCGCCUCCGCUCCUCUCCGGGUCCCUCCUACCCCGCUUCCUCUGCUCCGGCUGUUGCGCUGCGAACCGGGGGACCGCCGCCGGUUUCCUGCCGGAGAACAAUAGCUGCUCCGUCACAUCCGGGGCGCGGCCGGCACUGCCGUGCAUCCCGGAGUGCCGCUGCGGCUCCGGCGCUGGGAACGGACGCGUUGGGGAGUUGAGCCGCUGGGAAUUAGCGCCGCUGGGUUCCGCCGCUUGCCGAGUGCUGCACGUCCCGACUUGUUGAGCUCGGGAGGGGCGGAGCGUUAGCUGGAGUAGUGAGAGCCGAGCUCCUUGUUGGAGGUAGCUGGUAACAGCGUGAGGUACCGGCGUUAGUCACGCCGGUGACUAACAGGGCCGUAUAAAGCCUGUGUGUGCUUCACGUGUCAGCGCUGCAUCUUCGGAAUGGAUUUGUUCAAUUUGCCCAGGGAUGGCAAAACCGCAGUGCCAGCACAGAAGUGGACAGCAUCGAGAUCUCUUAAAUCAAAACACCACCCCCAGCAACAACAAAACACGUUAGGAUAUAUUCCAAGCAGCUUUAGCAAAGACGUUUGCGUAUGCGUUGAUAAUUUGCACUCGAGAUUCUGAAGGACCUGGAUGACUACUAUGAAAAAUUCAAACGAGAGAAUGACGCCGUGCAGAAGAGAAGAAUGCUGCACUGCAUUCAGAGGGCAUUGAUUCGGAGUCAGGAGCUGGGAGAUGAGAAGAUCCAAAUCGUCAGUCAAAUGGUGGAGCUGGUUGAGAAUAGAUCCAGACAAGUGGACAGCCAUGUGGAACUGUUUGAGACUUGCCAAGAGACUAAUGACACCACUGGAAACAGUGGGAAAGCCAACCAAGAUAAGUCAAAGAAUGAGACAAUCACUCAAUCUGAGAAGCCCAACAAUAAGAGGUCAAGGAGGCAAAGAAAUAAUGAGAAUCGAGAAAAUGCUUCAAAUAAUCACGACCACGAUGACAUCACUUCAGGAACUCCAAAGGAGAAGAAAGCAAAAACAUCCAAGAAGAAGAAACGAUCCAAGGCUAAAGCAGAGCGGGAAGCUUCUCCCCCAGACCUUCCCAUUGAUCCUAACGAGCCAACAUACUGCUUAUGCAACCAAGUCUCUUAUGGAGAAAUGAUAGGAUGCGAUAAUGAUGAGUGCCCCAUUGAGUGGUUUCACUUUUCGUGCGUGGGACUCAAUCACAAACCGAAGGGCAAAUGGUACUGCCCCAAAUGUAGAGGAGAAAAUGAGAAAACUAUGGACAAGGCGUUGGAGAAAUCUAAAAAAGAAAGGGCCUACAACAGGUAGUUUCUAGACUUUUCGUGGAAAAGAAAAAGAAAACCACCAAACCAGUGUAUUUAUUGUCAGUGUCACCUUUGUUGAGGUGAAAGGAUUGUAAAAUGUAUAUUUUUAAAGGAGGUUUAAAACUGAACCAUUCCUGUUACAGGGACGGCAAUAAGAGCAGUUUUGUUUUUCAUUUGGUAAGCUGUAACAAGAAUAUGGUCUGUGGACCAAUGUAUUCCAAAAGUAAAGUUAUAAGAGUUCAAACUAAAUAUCCAGGUGGGUCUUAAAAGAUAAAUAAAUUAACUUUUUUUUUUCCUCCCAGUGCUUGUAGCACAGCAACCAUUAAAAUGUUGACGACGAAUAUUUCUGAAAUGUAAUUUCUUUUUCCUUAUGGAAGAAUGUUACUUACAUCUGAGCAGAAUUGUUAAAAUAGUUGAGCCCUCUGGUUGUUUCUGAAUAAAGCUGCAAUAUAUUACACAUGUCAUUUCUUUCAGUGAUGAGCAUUGCAAGGUCAAACUGAAGGAGGGUACAAUUUGGUUCCUGCUACAAAGUGCCAGUAUAACAGUUCGACAGCAAACAUUUUAAUAGGCUUAGGGGAUUAUUGAAAAGAAAAGCCAGUGGUUAAAUUUUACACGGCAAAUAUUUUAUAUUCUGGCCGAGUACCACAAAAACAAUUUUAAAAUGAUUGAAUAUGUUUUAUAUUUAACCAGGAAGUGGUUUAGUAAUGACUUAACAUAAACGAAGCUUUAUACUGUCACCGAUAGUAGUGUAGCAAUCCUUAAUUUGUUUAAGUUGUAUAAAUGUACAUUUUUAAGUGGAAUUGCACUUAAUGUAUUAUACUUGGAAAUGCAGCCAAAUGCCAUUGUGUAACUAAUGUGCAUUUCCUGCUGUAUGUAUGAAAAUUGUACAGCUGUGAUAUUAAGAAAUAAAUGAAACAACUUUGACAGUUUGCUUCUUACCAA